AUGAAUCCACCCCCUCGCCCUGCUCGUCGUCUCCCUCUGUGCCUGCCUGCUCGCCACGCUGCUGCUGCCCCGCUCCACCCUGCUCCAUCCUCACAGUCACGACCGUCCAGCUUUGCAGCCGAUCCCGCUGCUCCCAUCUGCUCACUCCCUUCCCUUUACCGUCUUUCCCUCUCCCUCCAUCCCUCCACCCCUCCAACCCCCCUCCCCCCCCCCAAUCCCCCCACCCCUCCUCCAUUACAGCCACCCUCUCGCACUGCUCGGAAGGUGCCCGUGCUGCUCCUCGUCUCCCUCUGUGCCUGCCUGCUCGCCACGCUGCUGCUGCCCCGCUCCACCCUGCUCCACCCUCCGAAUCACGACCACCCACCUAUGCAGCCGAUCCCGCUGCUCCCGCCACACAUGCAGAUACCAGCAGCCAUGCAUUCCCUCUCACCGAAUAGCAGCAGCAAGCACAGGAACAGCAGCAGCGUUGCACCUGUUCGUUUCUUUGCGUUUGGCGACUGGGGAAGGAACGGCACGUUCAACCAGUCGCUGAUCGCCAAGCAGAUGGGCAUGGUCGGAGCCCGCAUGCACCCGCAGUUUGUGGUGUCGCUGGGAGACAACUUCCUCGAGCUCGGCCUCCCAGAUACCAAUGCCCCCCAGUUCGCCCAGUCCUUCACGAAUAUCUACACCCACCGCAGCCUGCACAUUCCCUGGUAUGCAGUCCUGGGAAACCAUGACUACUACGGAAACGUGCUAGCCCAGCUACACCCAGCGCUGGCCAAUCGCGACCCUCGAUGGACCUGCCGCCGCAGCAUGGCCCUCUCGCUCCCCAUCUGUGCUGAGAUGGAGGAGCAGAGCGUUGACCACGUUGACUCACAUGGCCAGGGCGUUGACCAUGUGGACUCUGUUACUUUGAACAACCAGGGUGGUGACUCUGGUGGGCGGAGCGUUGACCCCGUUGACCCUGUUGACUCAGCUGGCCACGGCGCUGAUCGUGUGGACUCUGAUAACCAGGGCGCUGACUGCGUUGACUCUGGAGGAGGGCAGGGCGUUGACUGCGUUGACUUUGUUGACCUGUUUCUGUACGACUCGAUGCCGCUGAUCCCUGCGUACCGGCACAAGGAGGGCCGGCGAGUGGACUGGCGGGGCCUCAACACGGGCAACUGGAGCCGGCAGGAGGAAGCACAGCUGCAGGAGCUGGAGGGGUGGCUGAGCAACUCGCAGGCGCGGUGGAAGGUGGUGGGGGCGCACCAUCCGGUGUUCAGCUAUGGCAAACACGGCGACCAGCCUGAGAUGGUCGAUAGGAUCAAACCCUUGCUGGAGAAGUACGGUGUAGACGUGUACAUCAACGGUCACGAUCACAACAUGCAGCACAUAAAAAAGGAUGAGAGUCCCGUUCACUAUUUCACGGUGGGUGGGGGAUCCAAGGCGUGGCGAGGCGAUGCUCCCCCUGUCGCCCCAGGCCUGCGGUUCUUCUUUCCUGGGCAGGGCUUCAGUUCUCUGGAGGAGCUGCGUGACCUGCAGCCCACCCUAUUGGAUGCUGCCACGUAUGCGGAGGAGGCAUAUCUUGUCACGGACCAAAAGGACAUAGAACUCCAUAACGUGAGGGAUUAUGCAGUGAGCAUGCUAGUGUCCGUGGUGGACCGCAUUGGCGCUGCGGCCGAUCGCUUCACCGACGCCGUCUCGCUGCAGGCCAAGGAGAUGGCUGCUGCUGACGUCAGAGUCGCGUCAGCUGCCGAGCGAGUGCGGGCGUGUUGGGAGUACUCAGGGCGCAAUGCACUGAACCGACAGCAGCAACCCAGGGCAACCAGUCACAUGCCCAAGAGCUACCUGCUGCCAGCCGAAGCAGCAGCAGAAGCGUCAACACCAGCACUAGCAGCAGCACGAGCACCAUCAGCAGCACCAGCAUCAGCGGCUGCAGCAGCAGCAAGCAUGGAGCGGGAGUGCUUUCAGUAUGGGUCGGGCUACUCUGCCUCCCCUACGAGAGACCCUCGAGGCUCGUCCCAAACAGCCCUCUCCUCCUCGUCACUCCUCUCCUCCAUGCCCCUUGCCCCCCCUUCUGAAAGCCUUCUUGACAGUCUUGCUUCUUCCUCCCUCGUCCCCCGCUCUGCCACGGCUGGUAUGCCAUCCGUCCGUGCGUCUCUUGACUGCUUAGCUGGUCUACCACCCUCCUCCUCCUCCACUUUGUCGUCCUCCUCCUUCCCCUCCUUUUCGUCCUCCUUCCCCUCCUCCUCUACCGUUCCCCACUCCUCAUCAACCCUCUCCAACCCAUCGGCAGCAACACCACACUCUGCUGACAAGAUACUGUCGCGGAAACAAUCACACUCACACAACCUCUCUCACUCACCCAACUUUUCGCACUCGCCCAACCUCUCGCACUCUCACAACCUCCCCCAUUUCUCCAACCUCUCUCGCUCGCACAACCUCUCGCAGUCUCACGGACUCAUGCACUCUCUCUCUCACUCCCUCUCGCAACACAUGGGACACCGAGGCUCGCACGCUCGAUUAAGCAAGGAGCCUACCACUCCCAAGGGGCACUUCUCCCUCGUCGCCUCCUCGUUGCACGCUGGAGGGGCUUCAGGUGUUGAUGACGUGGAGGGCAGUGAUAGGAGGUCCACCACGCCACAUCGGCGCGGCCGGCAGCUUCUGAAAAAUAUCUUCUCACGUGGCGCUGGUGGUGCUGCUGGUGCUGGUGCUGCUGGUGGUGCUGGUGGUGCUGGUGCUGGUGCUGCUGGUGCCAGUGGUGCGUUGGGGGAUGGUAGUGGCGGUUAUACGAGCACUCAGAGAGCCCAUGAUGGAGGCUUGCCGAAUAGCAGGGGGGGCGAGGGGAAGAAGGGCGGUGGCGACGAGAAGGAGGAGCGAGGCGGCCCAGAGGGCGGUGCGGAGGCGGUCAGACCAGCGCUGCACCCGCUGGCAGUCGGGGCACAGCCGCACGUGGAAUCGCUGCCUGCGGUUGGACUGCGCCGUUCUGAGCUGAAUGCCCCACAGUUCGCCCAGUCAUUCACCAACAUCUACACCCACCGCAGCCAGCAGAUCCCCUGGUAUGCAGUAGCUGGCCUUCCAGACAUCUAUCCCCCCUACCUCGCCCAGUCCUUCACAAAUGUUCACUCACCACAGAUUGCAGAUCCCCUGGUAUGCAGUCCUGGGAAACCACGACUACUAUGGAAACGUGUUAGCCCAGCUACACCCAGUGCUGGCCAAUUGCAACUCUUCCUUUCCGCCUUCCCCUUCCGCUUCCCUCUCCCCUUCUCCUUCUCCUUCUCCUUCUCCUUCUCCUUCUCCUUCUCCUUCUCCUUCUCCUUCUCCUUCUCCUUCUCCUUCUCCCUCUCCUUCUCCUUCUCCUUCUCCUUCUCCUUCUCCUUCUCCUUCUCCUUCUCCUUCUCCUUCUCCUUCUCCUUCUCCCUCUCCCUCUCCCUCUCCCUCUCCCUCUCCCUCUCCCUCUCCCUCUCCCUCUCCUUCUCCUUCUCCUUCUCCUUCUCCUUCUCCUUCUCCUUCUCCUUCUCCUUCUCCUUCUCCUUCUCCUUCUCCUUCUCCUUCUCCUUCUCCUUCUCCUUCUCCUUCUCCUUCUCCUUCUCCUUCUCCUUCUCCUUCUCCUUCUCCUUCUCCUUCUCCUUCUCCUUCUCCUUCUCCUUCUCCUUCUCCUUCUCCUUCUCCUUCUCCUUCUCCUUCUCCUUCUCCUUCUCCUUCUCCUUCUCCUUCUCCUUCUACUUCUCCUUCUCCUUCUCCUUCUCCUUCUCCUUCUCCUUCUCCUUCUCCUUCUCCUUCUCCUUCUCCUUCUCCUCCUUCUCCUUCUCCUUCUCCUUCUCCUUCUCCUUCUUCCUGGGAAACCAUGACUACUACGGAAACGUGCUAGCCCAGCUACACCCAGCGCUGGCCAAUCGCGACCCUCGAUGGACCUGCCGCCGCAGCAUGGCCCUCUCGCUCCCCAUCUGUGCUGAGAUGGAGGAGCAGAGCGUUGACCACGUUGACUCACAUGGCCAGGGCGUUGACCAUGUGGACUCUGUUACUUUGAACAACCAGGGUGGUGACUCUGGUGGGCGGAGCGUUGACCCCGUUGACCCUGUUGACUCAGCUGGCCACGGCGCUGAUCGUGUGGACUCUGAUAACCAGGGCGCUGACUGCGUUGACUCUGGAGGAGGGCAGGGCGUUGACUGCGUUGACUUUGUUGACCUGUUUCUGUACGACUCGAUGCCGCUGAUCCCUGCGUACCGGCACAAGGAGGGCCGGCGAGUGGACUGGCGGGGCCUCAACACGGGCAACUGGAGCCGGCAGGAGGAAGCACAGCUGCAGGCGGGUGGACUGAGGGGUGGUGGAAUGGAGGGGCCUCAACACGGGCAACUGGAGCAGGCAGGAGGAGGCACGGCUGCAGAUCCACGAGUCACCCAAGCAUUUUCUUUCGCUCUUUCCCCUGUGUGGCAGGAGCUGGAGGGGUGGCUGAGCAACUCGCAGGCGCGGUGGAAGGUGGUGGGGGCGCACCAUCCGGUGUUCAGCUAUGGCAAACACGGCGACCAGCCUGAGAUGGUCGAUAGGAUCAAACCCUUGCUGGAGAAGUACGGUGUAGACGUGUACAUCAACGGUCACGAUCACAACAUGCAGCACAUAAAAAAGGAUGAGAGUCCCGUUCACUAUUUCACGGUGGGUGGGGGAUCCAAGGCGUGGCGAGGCGAUGCUCCCCCUGUCGCCCCAGGCCUGCGGUUCUUCUUUCCUGGGCAGGGCUUCAGUUCUCUGGAGGUUUCCAGGAACUCACUGACCGUUAACUUUUAUGGUGUUUUUGGAGAGCUCAUGUACUCCACCACGCUCAACAAAUGA